GCGGGAUGAUGGUGGAGAAAGCUACGUUAAGAGACGCCCCAUCCAUGUUCCAUACAUAGACUUCUUUAUGCACUUUGUUCUCUAUGCUUUGAACAAUCUUGCACUUUUAACUUUUCAGGUUAACAUUUUGUUUUCUUUGGUUGGUCUUUAGAUAUCGCGAUGUGUCGCUAUAUGAUUGUCUUGCAAUAUAUUGAUUAUCACAGAAUCGUUUAUUAUGAUAUUAUUGUUAUUGUGGCUGAUGAUUCUCACCGCUAGAUAAGAUGCCUUUAUUGUUCCCCUAUAAGGAACAUUCAGAAAUGGAAGCCAUCGCAAACAGUGAACUUGUGACUGGCUGUGCAUGUUGAUAUAAUCCAUUCCUACUCGUAUGGGAUAAACUGUAUAUUUAAUCUAGGACCACAUGAUAGCACAUGAAAAUCAGAAGUAAUGAUUGGAUGUUUGUGUCCACGCCCCCUUUUUUGUCGGACUCAUGUUGUACAGAACCUGCCAAGUUGUCCAGUCUGCUCCUGAUUUUCACUUGAUAGCCAGAUUGAUACCAACACCCGCUAUCCAUUCAGUGCUCUGUCGAUCAUCUGUCGCUUAUAUUCAAAUUCUUGCCACUGAAUUGACAAUCCUUGCUGACACACAGUCUGUUCUUGUGUCAUGUCCUGUACCUGUCCUCCAGCCUGCACCAAACUGUGGUUGAGUCCUCCUCUCGAUUGGUUUAAUGUUGUCGUCCACAAGAGAGGUCUUGUUUCCAUUGCUGGCCUUUGGGGUAAUUUUCUAGUGUGGUGACCGGGAGACUGGCUUCCUGCUUCACUUUUAGAGAAACCUAAAAAUAAAGCAGAGAUACUAAUUGGCUUGAGCCUGUUACCCUCAUGUAUGUGCCACCCACCUGGUUUCUUUUACUCCAUCUCUGUCCAGGCAUUGCCACAAUCGGCAGAGGUCUUUGCUUUCAACCAGUCCUCCAGCUGUUCCACUCUGAUCUCAACCCCCUGUCCUGUGCUUUCCUGUUUUUACUUUUCUUGCGUUUGAAAUGAACACGUGUCCUGUAAAAGACUAUAGAGUUGAAAUGCAUUGGUUUUAGAUGAAAAGAAAUUCUUAUUUUUCUACCACCGUGUGAGUGCUUAAGAUGCCUUUCUUUUAUACUGACGCCUAAAACUUGAUGAUGAUGAUAAUGAAAUUGCCCAUAUGUCAUUAUUGUGAAUUAUGAGAUACUACUGCUUACAUCCUUGACAAGCACCUGAUUUCCACUGAUAAUGUAUGACCCAGUACUCUCUUUCGUUUUCCUCAUUACUUUUCUCAUGUGUUGUGAUCUUAUGCCCUGCCUUUGUUUGUUUCUCACAUUUUUGAUUGCCUGCCCUGUCUUAAUUACUUUCACCUGUGCCCGAUUGUUUUCGCCUCACUAAGUCCUGUUCCCUUUUCUUUAUUUGUCACAUGAAUACCACAUUUUUAACCCUGCAUUUAUUUACAUUUGAGGCUGGUUUUUUUACUACGCUUAUACAUUAUAUAGCCACUCUGGCCCUUGUCUGUUCAUCUUCUUUCUUUUUUUAGGUUUGUGAUAUUCAAAGGACCAUCAGUGCAGUUCAAUCAUUGACUCUUGACAAUAUGGUGCUUAUUCUACUUGAGUAAUGUUGAAAGUGAUUCCAUGUGUAUCAUGGGGUCACGACAACUUGACAAAUGUACAGAUAAUUUAUGGUUGUUUCAGUUGCAGGUAAAGUGUCUGUUUGUGCUUAUGUUGCUGAGCUUGCCUCUGAAUAUGGCUGAGGUCCCUGGUCCAUGCAGACACUCCAUCACUAGGGAGCACCUGCUUAUAGUCAGGAACCUGAUGGAUAACCAGUUGAGAAGUGGUUGCUCAAUAUCUUACACAUUCAUAGAACGGAGAAGUUUGAGCAAGUGUUGCUUUGUAAAAGCUGCUUUACCAUGGAUCCUGGAGCUCCUCACCACCCACUUCAAAUAUCGUCGGGGUUCAGCCAAUUAUGGCUACGUUAGGUCCCUGAGAGCGCUCAUUCUCAACAUCUAUUCUCAGAAGUGUGUGCCAGAGAUUAAUGAGGAGAUUGAGGAGAAGCCAGAAAGUUUUGAGAUGCUCUACAGAGGGUCUCCCACUGAGGCGCUGCAGAGGGCGUCAGAGGUGCUGUCUAUAUACUUGGAGCUGGUCACGACCAGCAACGCGCCGGUGGACUGGAGGUGCCAGCAUGAAUACACAGAAAUCUUUGGUUCUACCACAGAGCUUUUCACAGAAACGCCCACAGAUUUCACAGACAGUUAUGAUAGGAAGUCAGAGAAGGCCUCACAGACAAGACCAGUCAAAGACCUGUACAAGCUCGGCUUCAUAAUUGCCUCCAUCUGCGGGGGACUACUGUUCAUACUCACUCUCUACUGUCUCAUCACACAAAAGACAAUCCAUGACCCUCACAGAUCAAGGCACACAAACCAGAGCAGAGACCUGCAGGACAUAGAGAUGGAGCCACAAUAAUGUGGCUCACAUCGCACAUGGCCGCGGCACCGGACGGAAACACUUGUGAAGCUGUACAUUCAAAUCCAUCGCCAACAAGUUUCUUUCAUAUCAAUACUGUGUUGUAAUAUAUCAUGCUCACCUAUUUAAUCAGAAGCUUCACUUUGACUCAAAAGCAAAGAUGGACCUUAUUUGGAUUAAUAUGCUAUGUAUAUUAUGAUAAUGUGUUAUCUUUUGCAGAUAUCUUCUCUAGAUCACGGAAAAGUUUUAUUUUUACAUUACUUAUGGAUGUUGGAUAUAAUGUGUAUUUGCUGCCACCUAACCAAAUGUAUGUCAUGUUCCACCAAACAAUUUAUUUAUUAAUUUGACUCUAUUCAAUGACUGUAUUGAUAUUAAAAUGUGACCAUCAAUACAAAUUAUACAACAUAA